AUGAACCCCCCAGGCGCCUUCGAGGAGCCUGGAUUACUUAGCACCAUACGAAGGUACAGCCUUCGGCCGCGCAACAUGGCAGCGGCACCUUCCCCGCGGUCAACAGCGCCAUCCACGGGCUCUGACGCGCAGGACCCCAAGGUAUUCACCAAAACUGAUCUUGACCAGAUCAUGGAACAAAAGGAAGCCAACAUGAAGGCACUCCACCAAGCCGAAAUAAAGCGGCUGGAAGAUAAGAUUGACAUGCUCAUCAGUGAGCAAAGAGACCCAAGCUUCAGAGGCAAGUCUAAGUCAAAUUCACACAAAUUGUACCAUGAUGCCGAAUUUUCCAGCGCAAGGGGCCGGCCGGAGACGCCGCCACCACCGCCGCGGAUGCCGCAUCGGAUGCCGCCUCAGGGUUUCGCAUUUGAAAUCGACUCAGACAGCGAAGACAACGCGUCCCUUAUCAAGGACAAGAACAAGUACAAGGAUGAGGACGAGUACGAGGAAAAGGACAAGGACAAGAAGAAGAAGUCCACCCGCAGCCGUUACGACCCUAGUAACGAUCCCUCCAGUUCAUCGAGCAGUGGCUCAGAUGAUUCCGACAAUUCAGACUCCGAAUCGGACAGCGAGUCGGAUCUAUCUGGUGAUAGGAACCGGCGUCGCAAGCAUAAGAAGAAACACGGCAAGUUCAACCUUGAGUGGAAGUACUGGGACUGCAAACCAGACAAGUCGCAGUGGGUUCGAGGCCCCGACUCAUACAAACCAUGGCGCAAAGUCAUUGCCUUAUCGCUGCAUUCCGUUGGGUGGAAACCAAAGAAGAAGCUGACAGCCUACGACAAGACGAGACUGGCUAAGGCGAUCUUGAUGACGUCGGACGGCUUAGCAAAAGGACUCAUCGACAACCUCACGGAGGGACCAAGAUGUUGGAAUCGCUUGAGGCCAAUUUCGAUCAAUCUGCCAAACAAAGGCUGA